AAGUCGCAGAGGUCCUCGAUCUAAAGAUGGCUGCCUCUGCAGUGAGGGGUGCUGUGGCGCUGCGAACGAGUGUUAGCCGGCCCGUGGCUUUUGUCAGAAAAAUCCCCUGGACCGCGGCUUCGAGUGAACUGAGAGAACACUUUGCACAGUUUGGCCAUGUACGAAAGUGCACUGUACCUUUUGACAAAGAGACUGGAUUUCACAGAGGUAUGGGUUGGAUUCAGUUUUCUUCAGAAGAGGAACUUCAGAAUGCACUACAACAAGAACAUCACAUUCUUGAUGGAGUAAAGGUAAAUAUUUUUCUGUAUAACAUCAUGAGCUUUCUGUAUAUCCAUUUAGUAGGUCAGAAGUACGGAAUGACAAGGACUUCGGGAGAUUUGUAACUGAAGUUCCUUUAAUAUUGGUUAAAGAGUGGUGGUGGUGGUAGGGUGCCUGUCCUAUGGUGUCUGGGGAGGGUAGUUUAGGAAGACCCUUUAACAGUUAGCAAGGUAUAUCUAACAUAGAACAGUAGUCUGCUUACAAGGUAGGGAGACUGGCUUUUCCAUUUAACUAUGCAACCUUGGGUUAAACUGAUUUAGUCUUAAGACCAGGGAUCAGGUAACAUCCUUUUGACUUAUUGGUGCUGACUCCCUCAUAAAGCAGUCUUAAAGUGGCAAUCUUCUGUUGGAAUGCUUUUGCAGGUGCCACCUUUCCUU